AUGUAUACAAAAUGUGCAUAUUCAUAAAUGUACCUUUUGGGGGUGGGGGGAGAGAAGGUCUACGAUUUUCAUGAAAUUAACAAAGGGCUCUAUAACACCCAGAAGUUUAAGAACCACAGCGGUGAAGUAUGUGAAAGUAUGGCAGGCCCAUAAGAGGGGCUCAGAACAAACGAGUUUUCAACACCAGAAGAACGAUGUAUAAAGCACCCCUCAAAACCCACAGUAAAAGGAGCCAAUUUCAGAGCACCUAGCAGCGUUCUACCCUCCGCAUGGGGGGAGGCCCAGGAAGCACCUGGGACGCGAGGAGGAACAAGGCUGCUUUGAGGAAACCAAUCUGUCCCACAGUCCCCAACGGCCGCUGCUCAGCAUUUCAUCAAAAGGAGUCGAGAAAGAAAUCACUGAGGCCUGAACGCAGCCCCGGCCGCCACGGGCCAGUGAGCUGCACCGGAUCGGGAAGUGAAAGCCCCUGCAGCCGCUUUUCCUGGAGGGCCUUCCUGCGAUGCGUUCGGGACAGUGGGCAGGGGCUACUAGCCAGGCUUGUUUCUGGUGCAGGUGACAUCAAACUCACCAAAGAUGGCAAUGUGCUGCUACACGAGAUGCAAAUUCAACACCCAACAGCUUCCUUGAUAGCAAAAGUAGCAACAGCCCAGGAUGACAUUACAGGAGAUGGUACUACCUCGAAUGUUCUAAUUAUUGGGGAGUUACUAAAACAAGCUGAUCUUUACAUUUCUGAGGGUCUGCACCCUAGAAUAAUAGCCGAAGGAUUUGAAGCUGCAAAGAAAAAAGCACUUGAAGUUUUAGAAGAGGUUAAAAUUAAAAAAGAGAUGAAGAGAGAAAUCCUGUUAGAUGUGGCUAGAACAUCUCUACAAACUAAAGUGCAUGCUAAACUGGCUGAUGUGUUAACAGAGGCUGUGGUGGAUUCUGUUUUGGCUAUUAGAAGACCAGGUUAUCCUAUUGACCUCUUCAUGGUAGAAAUCAUGGAGAUGAAGCAUAAAUCAGAAACAGAUACAAAGUUGAUCAGAGGAUUAGUUCUGGAUCAUGGCGCGCGUCAUCCUGGUAUGAAGAAGCGAGUAGAAGAUGCAUUUAUCGUUACUUGCAAUGUAUCACUAGAAUAUGAAAAAACAGAGGUGAGCUCUGGUUUCUUUUAUAAGACUGCAGAAGAAAAAGAGAACUUGGUAAAAGCUGAAAGAAAAUUUAUUGAAGAUAGAGUACAAAAAAUAAUAGACCUGAAAGACAAAGUCUGUUCUCUGUCCAACAAAGGAUUUGUUGUCAUUAAUCAAAAGGGAAUUGAUCCAUUUUCCUUAGAUAUGCUUGCAAAACAUGGCAUAGUAGCUCUUCGCAGAGCAAAAAGAAGAAAUAUGGAAAGACUCUCUCUUGCUUGUGGUGGAAUGGCUGUGAAUUCUCUUGAAGACCUCAGUGUAGAUUGCUUGGGACAUGCUGGUCUUGUAUAUGAGUAUACAUUAGGUGAAAAAAAAUUCACUUUUAUUGAGAACUGUGUUAACCCUCUGUCUGUCACCUUGUUGGUUAAGGGACCAAAUAACCAUACUCUCACACAAGUCAAGGACGCUGUAAGGGAUGGACUUCGGGCCGUCAAAAAUGCCAUCGAAGAUGGUUGUGUGGUUCCAGGAGCAGGUGCAGUUGAAGUGGCAAUAGCUGAAGCUCUUGUUGCGUACAAGCACAGUGUGAAAGGAAGAGCUCGUCUUGGAGUCCAAGCUUUUGCUGAUGCCUUACUCAUUAUUCCAAAGGUACUUGCUCAGAAUUCUGGUUAUGACCUGCAGGAAACACUAGUAAAAGUUCAAGCUGAGCAUUCAGAAUCAAAACAAAUUGUUGGCAUAGAUUUGAAUACAGGUGAGCCAAUGGUAGCAGCAGAUGCAGGAAUUUGGGAUAAUUAUUGUGUGAAAAAACAACUUCUUCAUUCUUGCACAGUGAUUGCUACGAACCUUCUCCUAGUUGAUGAAAUCAUGCGAGCCGGUAUGUCUUCUCUCAAAGGGUGACUGAGUUCAAAAUCAACUCUUCUAGAAGCUGAAAUUUAGCACAUCUUACAUCCAACUACCAUUGUAUAGCUCGAACCAUUCUUAAGUUUUACACAAUAAAUGCAUUUUUUAUUUCCUGGUCUUAGCAGUUUCAAAAAUAUUUCAUUAAGGUAUAAAGAACACAAGAAAUAUUUUUGCAAUAAAUGGAAAUAUUUUCCCCUAAGAGUUCUAAUUUCCCACCCUUUAUUAUAUGUGUGAUAUUAUGAUAUAAUAAGCAAUAUAUAUUGGUCUUCAUCCCCAGUUCCUGGCACAAGUACUUCUAAAAUCUUUGUAAUUUCCUGAGUAACGGGUGAUAGGAAAAUUUUUUGUUGUAAUUUUUUGUCUUAGUUCUCAGUUCCAGACAUAAGAGUUUCUAAGACCUUUGGAAGCUCUGUAAUUAAUAAGAAUGUCUUUUUGUAUGCUAAUGAGGUGACUCUUGAUGGGGCCCCUGGAUAGCUUCAGGAUGGGGGCUGAAACUUUCAGCCUCCCCACAUUCCCCAACCCUGCAGGGAAGGGAGAGGGACUGGAGAUUGAGUUACUAAUCAAUCAUGCCGAUAUGAUUGAAACCUCCAUAAAAAUCCCCAAACUAUGGGGUUCAGAGAGCUUUCAGGUUGGUGAACAUAUCCAUGUGCCAGGAGGGUGGUGUACUCCAACUUGGGGACAGAAGCUUCUGUGCUCAGGACCCUUCUGGACCUCUUCCUAUGUACCCCUUCAUCUGGCUGUUCACCUAUAUCUUUUAUAAUAAAGGAUAAACUGGUUAACAUAAAUUAAAUGUUUCCCUGAGUCCUGUGAGCUAUUAUAGCAAAUUAUCGAACAUGAGGGAGGGGGUCAUGGGAACCCCUAUUUGUAGCCAAGUUGGAAAGAAGUGUGGGUAACGUGGGGACCCACUACUUUCAGUGGUUGUCUGAAGUAGGGGGCAGUCUUAGGGGGCUGAGCCUUUAAUC